AUGUGCACAAAAAAUCGUCAGACCGGUUUAUUUUAUUAAUGAUGGGAGCUCCCAUUUCCUGACCCCUUUCUUAAUUGAGCAACCCAGAGAUAAGCAGGAGAAAUGGUUCUUAUAUUUUGUCCGCAAUUAGAAGAUCGAAGAAGUGUUGACUUGGAGGCCUAUCUGGAUCAUGUCUCUGUAUUAACUCAUUGCUUAUUAAUGAAUUGGGAAUUAACAUAUUGUCCGUUACUUGACUGACGAAUUCUGCCUCUUUCACCUGGUGCCUGACACGAGAACAAAUACGACAACAAUUUUGUAAAUAUUGGAUUAUAUCCAUUCAAGAUACUUAAACAAAUACUCCGCUGGACACCAAAAGAAUUUUGUAAACACGAAGACGAGGUGUCACUUUUCAAAAGAUACCACAGUUUGUGCCAGCACAAGUACCUACGUAAAACACUCUCGUUCGAUUUUCUUCCGCUGAAUUAAUUUCAGCAUCACAAUAUGAAUAAGUCGAUAAGGAUCUCGGCCUCAGCCCAUUAGAAACGCCACAUGCGAACAAUACAAGGCGAGCUGUCAUGUCACACACAGUAGCUGACACUUGUACCAUUCACUGGGAUUGAAAUGUUCCCUUAUAAAACGGUACAAUGAUGGCUGGAUCCAGACCAAUCCCUCAUCCAGCAUCAAAUGAUCUUCGUGGGGCUGCUCUGCCAUUGGUCGGCCGUCCAAAGCGCGCAGAAGCAAGCUCCUCCCUCUGACACAUAUCGCGUCUGCCGUGCAACAGCAUAAACAAUCGAGUGCUUGCCAUGUGACGUGUGUGCAGUGCCGACUUGAUGAAAAUGAUGAUGAUGGACGUUGGGAUGUACGGCCAUCACAGUCAACAUGGGACAUACCCAUCGGAUAACUACUACAACUACACCAGUGAUAUACCAAACGCCCAGCAAAUGCCCCCACAUUACUCCAAUUACCACUACGAAGACCCAUAUGGGUACACCGGCUCGGAGGAAACACCACCGUCGCCCCAAGAAGUCUACUACCACCACCAGACCAUCCCCCAAGACAAUCCCAUAAUCAAUACAGAGACAGGACUAAGUUACACAAACUUGGAUUAUGGUAACUCAAACUUCCCCCCCAUCAACCACCAGAAUUACAACGAACCCUAUCAAAGAACCCAUGAGAACAUGCUGCUGAGGCACCAUGAGGAGGUGGCCGAUGGGCACCAGCACCACUUCCUCCACGAAAACAAGUACCAGUUGGAGGUUGACUCCGGGUACCACCUUGGGGCAUCGAGCACCCCCACAAACUCCUGCAUGGAGUACCAACACCUCCACAGGUACAAGGAGGAAGCGCUGCAGGGAGAUGGGAGGAUGAGACAACACGUUAUGCAUAAUUUGAGUUCGGUUCCUCAGCCACAACCAGUGUUACCAACUUAUAAGUGGAUGCAAGUCAAAAGGAAUGUACCAAAACCAACAGUACCCAAAAUUCCGCCCGCCGAGUUCCCAACCACCAGCAGCUCCUCAGCUCUAGAGAGCCCCAACCCGGCAUCACGCAGCUCCUGCUUGGGCUCGAACACCUCCAGCAUGCUAAGUCUCAACUGUCUCAACACCGGCCGAACAAACUUCACCAACAAACAACUGACUGAACUGGAGAAAGAGUUCCAUUUCAACAAGUACCUAACUCGGGCACGACGAAUCGAAAUCGCUUCAGCUCUCCAACUCAACGAAACACAAGUGAAAAUCUGGUUCCAGAAUCGGAGAAUGAAGCAGAAGAAACGGAUGAAAGAAGGACUCAUACCACCAGAACCGAUCUCAGCUAGUUUAAGCACAAGCAAUAGCAAUUCGCCAAGUUCAACAAACUUGAUUCAAAAUGAAGCCAGCAACGAAAACAGCCGUGAAUCAAACUAGUGUGAAAAAAAACAACUGUGAAAGUUUAUGUAUCGCCAAAGAGAUAGAGUAGACACUCCCGGGCAAAAAGUUUCUUUAUUUAUUUGGGUACUAUAUUUAUUUAUAAUUUAUUUAAAAGUGUACAAUAAAGUACUGAACUACA